UCAUCAACCACCCCUAUACAGUCAGUAGACGUCUCAGUCGUCUCACUCCAAGACGUUAGCUGUUAGCCGAGGUGCAAACGAUCAUCAGGUCUGCGUUCAAACGACAGGACGACCUUGACAUUCUGGGUGCAUUGAAGAGACGCCCGAGGCAUGGCUUAUCCACCCCCCUUCAACGGCAAUCAGCCCGUGGGUCAUUCCUGUUCACGGACGAACUACUUCCUCCUCGAGACCGAUAUCGCUGAGCUGAAUCGAGUGGAUAUCCCCCUUGAACCUUGAUCGUUCUAUGCAGUAUGAUCAAUAUCCCGUCGACCCGUUCAAUGAGAACAAUGGCGGACAUCAUCAUCAAGAUUCCUACGGCAGCAACAAUGCCCCUUAUCCAUACGCCGACCCCCUAAACUCUGGCAAUCCUCCUCACGGAACUUCAGGCUAUCAGCAACCCUACAUCGAGCCUUCACGGGCAUCGCCCUCCCCUGGCCCACCGGGUGACGUCUAUGGUCAGCAGCCGAGCGCAUCAGGGUAUGACUUUAAUCAACGAUAUGCGUCGCCGGGCAUAUAUCCUCCAAGCGGUUAUGGAGCGCCGCCAGUAACAUCAAACGCCCCCUCUGCUGGUCCACCGACGGGUAUCUACUUACCAGACUCGCGUUUGACUUCACCGCCUCCGCUUGUGCACCAUUCAAGCUCUAUGCAAUCGGGUCUCACGGUCGAUGGACAAGCCCAAGGUUAUUACCCGCCACCCCGUCCGUACUCUCCCUAUAACUCAAACGUCAAUGAUGGAAGGGUCACUCCAAGCGCAGAUCUGGCGGAUGAACCUCUCUUGUAUCGACAAGAUACCGGCGAUGGUCGUUAUGGUACACCCUUUGGCAGGAACCCUAGCAUGACGGGGAAUGGUUCGACGGUGAAUCCGGACGAACCCAUUACUAUGAGAUAUGGACCCGCUCCAGAACGAAUCCUUCGGCGCCUCAAGACGACCAAGAGAGUGCAGCUGUUUCGAGGUAAUCUCGUCCUCGAGUGUCCGGUACCAUCCGCUCUACUCGAUCUCUGCCCGAUUGCUCAUCGGAAAGAACAGGAGUUCUCCUUGAUGAGAUACACGGCAGUCACCAGUCAACCGGACGAUUUCAUGGCAGAGCAAUACACGCUCAGGCAGAAACAAUUAUACGAACCUACCAGAAAGACUGAGAUUUUCAUCGUGAUUACCAUGUACAACGAAGACGAUGUCCUGUUCGCACGGACCAUGCGAGGGGUCAUGGCGAACAUUGCCCACCUGAACGAACGAGAACGUAGUCCAAUCUGGAAGGACGAUGGGUGGAAAAAGGUUGUCGUUUGCGUAGUGGUCGAUGGACGCAAGAUCUUUAAUCCUCGAACUCGAGCCAUGCUGGCGGCUCUGGGUGUAUAUCAGGAAGGCGUGGCCAAGAAUGUGGUCAAUGGCAAACCGGUGACUGCACAUGUGUAUGAAUACACAACGCAACUCUACAUCAACUCCAAAUACCAAGUAGUGCCAGGCAAGAAAUGGGCACCGGUGCAGAUGAUUCUCUGUGUAAAGGAAAACAACGCAAAGAAGAUCAACAGUCACCGAUGGUUCUUCAAUGCAUUCGGUCCGAUUCUACAGCCAAAUGUCUGUGUGCUGCUCGAUGUUGGAACAGAUCCAGCUCCUACCUCCAUUUAUCAUCUGUGGAAGACUUUUGAUCUCAAACCGAAUUGCGGGGGGGCUUGCGGGGAGAUUGUCGCGUUGAAAGGCAAAUACUGGAAGAACCUCCUGAAUCCUUUGGUUGCUGCUCAAAACUUCGAGUACAAACUGAGCAACAUCUUGGACAAACCACUGGAGUCGGCCUUUGGAUAUAUCACGGUACUUCCCGGUGCUUUCUCGGCCUACCGGUACAAGGCUCUCGAGAAUGACAUCUCCGGCAACGGCCCCCUGAAACAGUAUUUCCUGGGCGAGACUAUGCAUGGAGCGGAUGCAGGGAUCUUCACGGCUAACAUGUACCUAGCUGAAGAUCGGAUUCUCUGUUGGGAACUCGUUUCCAAGCGUAACAGCAAUUGGAUUCUGCACUACGUGAAAUCGGCUAGUGCAAUCACCGAUGUUCCUGAUGGCGUCCCAGAGCUGGUGGCCCAGCGGAGACGGUGGCUCAACGGUUCAUUCUUCGCUGCCAUACACUCGAUAGUGCACUUCGGUUAUAUUUAUCGAUCCUCUCAUUCCUUCGGGCGCAAGCUCUUCCUGCAUAUCGAGUUGCUUUACCAAACUUUCAACAUCAUUUUCGCUUGGUUCUCCAUUGGCAAUUAUUACAUUGCGUUCUUUGUGCUGGCCCAAUCGCUGGACGCUUAUGGCAGCUUCUUCAAGUAUAUUCGGUAUCCGCUCAAUUAUAUCUACCUUGCACUCCUCAUAAUGUGUUUCUUGAUGUCCAUGGGCAACCGGCCGGCCGGUUCCAAGGUGGCAUACACCAUGGCCAUGGUCGGCUUUGCAGUCAUUACUGGAUAUAUGAUAUUUGCUGCUAUUUGGCUGGCCGUCAAAGGGAUCCAAUCGAUACAAGCUGAUGGUGCGAUCGAUGCGCAAGAGAUUCUGGACAAUAAAGUGUUCCGGAAUAUCGUGCUGUCUCUAGCGGUGACAUACGGACUAUAUGUCGUGUCGUCUCUUCUAGCGUUCGAUCCCUGGCAUAUGGUCACCUCAUUCUUGCAAUAUCUUUUCUUGGCUCCUUCCUAUAUCAACGUUCUGAACGUUUACGCCUUCAGUAACGUUCACGACGUCAGUUGGGGAACUAAGGGUUCCGACACGGUAUCGAUGGAUUUGGGAGCUGCAGCCAGCGGGAAAGGCGCCAAGAAAGACGAAGUCAUCUUGGCUGUACCGACAGAAGAGAAGGACAUUAACGCACUCUAUGCGGACGAGUUGAAGCUUCUCGCGGAGCCUAUCCCGGUUGUCAAGCCUACCAGAUCCAAGACGCAGAAGCAAGAAGAUUACUAUAAGACUUUUAGAACCAACGUCUUGAUGGCAUGGGUACUUUCAAAUGGAGCGUUAUGUGCAGGGAUUCUCACGACGAGUACUGCGGGCAGCCCAACCUCUCAGACCUACAUGGGUUUCUUGCUCUACUCGGUGGCGGGCUUGGCCGCAUUCCGCUUUAUCGGUGCGACCUAUUAUCUCAUCUUGCGGCUAUUCCAACGGGAGUAGAUGGGACGGUCCGACCCAAUCUUUCCGACAACAUCGGGCUUUGCGACACGUCUUUUGCUUCCGGAUGUAGGAUGAUGAUGUGCGAUGUACGCUCUGCUUUCCCAUAUAACACGGGUGCCCCAGUCAAAUGCAGGACCCCUCAUCCUCAUAGACCUGCCA